CAACAAUCCCUCUCCCUCUGACAAAAUAAUUAAGCAGACAUGGCAGACAGUGCUGUGAGUUUCCUGUUGGAGAAUCUGACUCAGUUGCUUAUCCGAGAAUCAAAAUUGCUACGUGGAGUAAAGGAUCAAGUCAGGUCACUUGAGAAGGAGCUGGCUGUGAUCAAAAUCUUCCUCCGAAAUACUGAAGGCAAACGACGCGACGAAUUGGUGGAGGAGAUAGUCAGCCAAAUUAGGGACGUAGCCUAUGAGGCUGAGGAUGUUAUUGAUACAUACAUCAUUACUGUGACAGAGCACAGGAGAAGAAGCAAGCUGAGGAAGUUAAUCCAUUCAUGUGACCGAGCAAUUACGUUUCACGAGGUUGCAAGCAAUAUAGAGAGCAUCAAGAUCAGAUACAAGGAAAUUAACGACAAUAGGAGCAAGUACGGCAUAGAAAUUGCUGAAUCAUUCGGAGGAAAUGCAGAAGAAGGGGAGAAACUGCACAGGCGUAGGAAACAUGUUGAGGAAGAUCAAGUAGUGGGCUUCGCUCAUGACGCUGAGGUAUUGGUGAAGGAGCUUAUGGAAGGGAGUUUGCAACGGAAUGUUGUUUCAAUCAUUGGCAUGGGCGGCUUAGGCAAAACCACUCUUGCUAGGAAGAUCUACAACAACAAUGAUGUCAAGAAUUACUUUAAUUUCUGUGGGUGGGUUUAUGUUUCUCAAGAAUAUGGAAUCAGAGAGCUGUUGCUUGAAAUUUUGAAGGGACUGUCGCCACUACCAAGAGUGAUGUUGAGAGCUGAAUUGAAAGAGAAAUUACUCCACGGUUUGUAUGCUACGUAUAGCUCGAGUAAUGAUAGAUUGAAAGGGAGACUAACUGAAGACUUUGAACGUUUCAAAGAAAUGAUUAAAUAUUUCAAAGAAAUGAUUAAAUAUUUCAAAGAAAUGAAUGAUGAAAUAUUCAGCAAGGCAUGGUCUGAGUUCUUGAAAGGCGUACAAGACCAUAAUGAUUUGAAAAAUUCGUUGUCAAAUUUCGUGCAAGAUUUUUACAACAAGAAUGGAGUAAAAUUGAAAGCUGAAUUGAAAGAGAAAUUACUCCACGAUUUGUAUGCUACGUAUAGAACGAAUAUUGAUAGAUUGGAAGGGACACUAACUGAAGACUUGAAACGUUUCAAAGAAAUGAAUGAACCUUUCAAAGAAAUGAAUGAUGAAGAAUUCAGAAAGGCAUGGGCUGAGUUCUUGGAAGGCGUACAAGACCGUAAUGAUUUGAAAAAUUCGUUGUCAAAAUUUGUGCAAGAUUUUUACAGCGAGAAUAGAGUAAAAUUGGAAGAUAUGACUGAGGAUGAAUUGAAAAGUGUGCUGCUUGAAAGCUUGAAAGACAAGAGAUACUUACUUGUUAUGGAUGACAUCUGGAAUAAUGAAGUAUGGAAUGAAGUAAGUACUGCAUUUCCUAAUAACUCGAAUGGGAGUAGAAUAUUGAUCACUACCCGAAUAAAAGAAGUAUCAUUACAUGCAAGUAGUGUUAACAAUUAUGAACUCCCACUUCUUGAAGAAGAUAAAAGUUGGGAACUCUUCUCUAAAAAGGUAUUUUGGGAAGAUACCUGUCCUCCAGAACUAGAAAUUCUAGGUAGAGAACUUGUGAAAAGUUGCCAUGGUUUACCACUUGCUAUUGUGGUAUUGGGAGGUCUUUUGGCGAGUAAGGAGAAAACACAUCGAAUAUGGUCAAAAUAUAAUGGUCAUGUCAAUUCGUAUCUGACGAAUAAUAAAUCAAGUUGCAGAGACAUAUUGGCUCUAAGUUACAAUCACUUACCCCGACGCUUGAAACCAUGCUUUCUAUAUUUUGGAAUCUACCCAGAAGACUUUGAGAUACCGGUGAGGCAACUGAUACGACUUUGGAUAGCUGAGGGAUUCAUACAGCAAAUUGGGAAUAGAAAUAUAGAGGAUGUUGCUGAAGACUACUUGGAGGAACUCAUUGAUCGAAGCUUGAUUCAAGUGGCAACGAAAAGGCUAGAUGGAGGAGUCAAAACAUGUCGUAUCCAUGAUCUUCUACGAGACUUCUGUAUAUCGGAGAGUUCUGAAGAGAAGUUUCUUGAGGUUCAUUCAAACGUUAACCUUUCACCCAUAGGCAUAUCUCGCAGAAUUUCCAUCCACUAUGGCAACAAUCCAUACAUUUCUUCCGGCCAUUGUAAGCCUUCAAAUAGUCGUUCUAUAAUAGGCUUCGGGGGUGCUGUCGAGCUCAAGAGUCCUCCUGAUAAUUUCUACUUGGAAUGGAUUUGCAAAAGUAACAAGUUGGUUCGGGUGGUAGAGCUCAGUAAUAUGGGCAUUUGUUGCUUAAUCCCCAAGGGGAUUGAAAAGCUGGUCCUUUUGAGGCACUUAAGCAUCGCAUCUGGUGAGCUUCAUGUCAUUCCAGAUUCCAUAUGCAACCUUUGGAAUCUAGAGACGUUGGACAUGAGAAAUUCUACAGUGGAAACAAAAUGCUUGCCCAAGGGGAUAUGGAAGUUGCAAAGAUUAAGACAUUUGUACAUGGAUGGGCAAACAUCUCUACCUAGAACUGAAAAAAAUACAGCGGCUUUACCCAAUCUUCAAGUCCUUACUGGUAUAGCUAUAAAUGAAGACACUGAGAGUCACUUUGCCAAGGCUAGAUUUCCUAACCUAAGAAAAUUAGGAUUAAUGUCUCCUCCAAGUGGGGUAGAGUCAGGGCUUUUGUCAAGCCUCUGUCCCUUGUGUCAUCUACAAACUUUGAAGAUUUAUCGACUUUCUAGGUUUUCAAGUUCAAUUUGGUUGACCCUCACAAAAAUAACCUUAGUAGAUGUAGUCAUAUAUCCAGCCAUCAUGGAAGUGUUGGGUAGCCUUACUAAACUUCGAAUACUCAAAUUUAGAGGAUCUGACUAUGUACUCAACGAAUAUGUCCUCUAUUGCAAUGUUCGAAGUUUUCAGCAACUUGAAGUCUUUAAAAUGGAAAAUCUGCUCGUUUCUAAAUGGAAUAUGGGGGAAGGUGCAAUGCCAAAACUUCAACGUUUGGUCAUCGAAAGUUGCGAGUUUAUUUGCGAGGUCCCGGACGAACUAUGGUGCUUGAGUACCUUACGGGAUGUGGAAGUUUUACAUCCCCAAAAAACUUUGGCACGUAGGCUUCGACAGUUGCAGAUGAGGGAUGGAUGUAAGCUCCAUGUCUAUCCACCUCUCAAUCCAAAUAAUUGAGAAAAAGUUGAUCUGUUGUGCCAUGCUUUGGUGCGGGGCUGGGUCCUGAGGGUCAAUGGUCGUUUGCUUUGUCGUUCAUUCGUGUUUUGAAGGUAUGAUAUGAUAUCACAUGUACCUGUUACUUUUUUCUCUUAAU